ACAUCAGAAUUUAAAACAUUUAAAUAAGUUUCUUUUGAGAAGAAAUUGCAUUAAACACAGUAGGAUCAAUUGUAUUUGGUUAUGUUUUGUUGUUGUUGUUUUUAUUCCCAUAUAACCCAUAUAUGCUUUUAAGAAUUUUAAAAACAUUAUUAAUAAUUGUUUUAGUGGUUUUUCUUCAUAUUGUCUUUAUUUGAUUUAUGUAUUUAUAUAUUUUUGUCCAGUGGGUGGCAGAGAUGCACCUCGAGUGAGUUUGCCAAACGUCAUUCAAUAGAAAAGUAGUAGAAGAAGAACUUCGCCGGUGCUUUCCCCGACGUGUACUUGAUUUAAUAGUACUUAUUUAAUAUUAACUAUAUCUAUUUGUAGUAACAUCUUUAUUAUAACAGAUCUAUAUAAUCAUGUGGGUUCUCUUUUCGGAAACGUAAAUAAAACACAUACUUAACCGACAGAACUAGAGUUAGCCUGUUAAACGUGGGAUUUGUUGAACUAUGCGCUGUCGUGUCAUCUGCGUUAAACUGCUGCUCUCUGUUGGAAUACUGAUGCAUGUGACUAAAGCCGAUGACUUUACUGAAGAAAUUAAGCCUCCAGACUGGAGAAAGACCAUAAAAUCCAUCCGGAACGGGCUUCACAAAAUAGACAAAUACCUAAACGUGGUUUUAGACCUGAUCGGAGGUUCAGACGGACGCUGUACCUUUAAGUGCAAUCACGGAUACACACCAGUUCCUCGUCCCAACUACAAAUCACCUCCACCCAACGGAUGCGGCUCCCCACUGUUUGGAUUUCAGUUUGAUAUUGGGCUCCCAUCACUGACCAGAUGCUGUAAUGAGCAUGAUGUGUGCUAUGGUACCUGUGGAAGAGAGAAAAAAGACUGUGAUGAGCAGUUCCAGGUCUGUCUGGAGACCAUUUGUAGUUAUUUACAAAGGACACUGGGUUUGUCCCAAAGUGUUCAAGCCUGUCAAUCAGCAGUGACUUUGCUCUUUGAUAUGGUGAUGCACUUGGGAUGUAAGCCAUACCUGGAUAGCCAAAGAUCGUCCUGCAUUUGCCACUAUAAGCAGAAGGCUGAUCUGUGAACAGUUAAUAUGUUUAUGUAGUGUUUUGAUUGUUUAUUGUCUCAGGGUACUGCAAGAUGCAAUACAAUUUGUUUCUUCACUUUGUAUGCAUCUAUUGCAAUGUCAUAGUUAACUGUGUACUUUGUAAUUACAGAAAAAGUUAAUUUAAUAUGGUUAUAAAAUUACACAUACUGAUGUGCCUUAUAUAUACACACACUACACACACAUAUAUAUAUAAACUUGAAAAGAUUAAUCCUUUGAAAAAGACUUGUGAAACCUUGAUGAGCCAAUGAUCUGAAUCAGUAGACACAUUUGUGGAGUUCAUGUUCAGGUGAGCAUGAGAAUUUAAAGGAGAUACACUUAAAAAGAUCUGUACACUACUGCUAAAUGGCAAAUAGUCAUAGCUAGAAGAGCUUUAACAAAUCAGAAUUUUAAUAUCAAAAGCAAGCAAUAAGUAAUAGAGUAAGCCAAUAGACAGUGCCUUAAAGAAUGAGAAUGUUUUCACAACAGCCAGUGGCUAAAGAACUUUAUCACAGUAUGUCCAGUAAUCUCUCACACACUCAAAAUGAUUUUUUUUUACAUAAUUUUACCUGCUUUUGAUUUUAUCUUUUUUUUUUUAAUCAAGAAAAAAAGUCCACAUGAAAUUCCAAUUUAAACCCUUUUGUUAUUUCAUAUUUCUGCAAGAACUUAUUA